UUUUUCCAAUUUGUUCUGUUCCGACUUCCGAGUCUCAAACUCUGAACCCCAUAGCGAUCUCUUGUGCUGUGAAACGACUAACGAGGCAAUGGCUCUCCUCCCUAGAGCAGCACGUCUUGCCCUAGUUUCAUCGCAAAGGACGGCGUCGAUCCAUACAACGCUUCCUGCACUGUCGCCUUCGUCGGAGUCGACAUCGCCGGCCCCGUAUGCCCGUCCGGCCUCACCUGCUACUGGCACGGGGCUGCCGAAGGCGGCGGAGUACGUGAUCUCGAAGGUGGAUGAUCUGAUGAAUUGGGCCCGUACUGGAUCCAUCUGGCCUAUGACCUUUGGCCUUGCUUGCUGUGCGGUCGAGAUGAUGCACACCGGUGCCGCCCGCUAUGACUUCGAUCGAUUUGGAAUUAUCUUCAGGCCUAGCCCUAGGCAGUCCGAUUGCAUGAUUGUUGCUGGCACCCUUACCAAUAAGAUGGCUCCUGCGCUUCGCAAGGUGUAUGAUCAAAUGCCUGAGCCUCGGUGGGUCGUUUCCAUGGGAAGCUGUGCAAAUGGUGGCGGGUACUACCACUAUUCAUACUCUGUUGUUCGGGGCUGUGACAGGAUUGUACCAGUUGAUAUCUAUGUUCCUGGUUGCCCCCCAACUGCUGAGGCUUUACUCUAUGGAAUGCUUCAGCUUCAGAAGAAAAUUAACAGGCGGAAGGAUUUCCUUCACUGGUGGACCAAGUGAAGGUCUAUGACUUCUUCUUGGGCUACUGUCCGGCUACUGUUAAUUGAGUUUUUGUUUCACUUAUGAAAGAAAUAAAUUCUAUAAUGGAAGUACUUGUUUGCUGUGGCCUGUUUAAAUGCAGUAGGAACGGAAAUUGCUGUCAUUAUACAUCUAUCGGGAGAUACUAUGAUGUUCCUCUUAAUCUUGGAAAACAACUGUUCUGCUUUAUGCAUGUGUUUCUAUUACUGGGCCAACCAGGCUUGUAAAUUAGAUUGUAUUGGCUUAAUUAUGCAUAUGCCUUUGUUUA